AUGACUACCCUCCUACUCAAAAACGGCGUCGUUCUUCUUCACGAUUCAAGUGAUCACAUCGUUCCGACCCUAGCCGAUAUCCUGGUUAAAGACAAUCUCAUCGCAGGUAUUGAACGUGAGAUCGACGCGCCUACUGGUACCGAAGUCAUCGACUGCACCAACAAAGUUAUCAGUCCGGGAUUCAUCGAUUGCCACCAGCAUGUAUGGCAGACAUUCAACAAAGGUCGACAUGGAGAUGAAACCCUUAUGGAGUACAUGCCUACCGGAAACCUGACUUCAUCUCAAUACUCGCGAGAGGACAUCUUCUGGGGCCAAUUAGGAGGCUGCCUUACGUUACUCAAUGCCGGAACGACGACUGUUGUGGAUCACGCUCAUAUCCAUUACUUUCCGGAAGCAUCACAAACCGCCGUCUCUUCGACGGUAUCUUCCGGCAUCAGAUCAGUUUUCUGCUUUACACCGACCGCAAGAGUAGCAUCAUUGAGCCCACUGGUUCUCGAACCCAAUUUGAUUGAACCUUGGGUUAUUUCGAGCUUCUCUUCCCUCACUGACAAGGCACCCUUUGGGCCCAACGGGCGAGUUCAGCUCGGUUUGGCGUUCGAUGGGUGGUUCGUCCCACAAGAGAUCGCGACUCCUCUUUUCGACCUCGCACUCAAAGCGGGUAUCAAGGUACUUACAUCUCAUACCGUCGGCUCCAUCUCUACCUUGGGCUCUGCCGUUCCUCGGACUCUUCAGAAGUGGGGUCUUAUUGAUAAAUUCCAUAUCCUGUUCUCGCAUGCGACGGAGCUUUCACCAGAGGACCUCGAUACGAUUCUUAAGCACGGCGGACGUGUGGUUUCCACACCUAGUACCGAGCUCCAGAUGGCGCACGGACGACCCAUUUGCUUUGACGAUCGCGUCCGUGGUAAUGCUUGCCUAGGGGGCGAUUGUCAGUCCAAUGGGGGCAUCAGUAUUCCUGGCGAGAUGAAGCUUGGUUUACAAGCCGAGCGCGGGUUGCGGAAUCAGAAAAUCAUCGACAAGGGGUUAAUGGUUAAAACGGUGCAUAGAACAGUGGAGCAAGCGUUCAACCUAGGAACUGUUCAAGGUGCCCGGGCUAUAGGGAUGGGAGAUAAGAUAGGGAGCAUCGAGGUUGGGAAGUUGGCGGAUCUGGUUGUUUUCGAUGCCGAUAGCCCCUCAAUGGUCUGUGCUGCGCAGAAUAAUCCUGUUGAUGCAGUCGUGCUGUUCUCCACUCCUGCAGAUGUAUCUGCAGUCGUUAUAGACGGGCAAGUGAGGAAGUUGGAUGGGAAAUUAAAGAACGUCAAGGUUACUCACGACAUGAGGGAGUUAUCCAGACGAGAUGUAUUGGAGUGGAAGGAAAUUGCGAAACACUUGUUGAAGCGAAGAGAAAUUUACCGCGAAAAGAUUGACAAAGUAGAUUUUGAGGAGGUGAAAAGAGUGUUGCUUAAGGCGUGGUACAUCGAUGAGUCAAAAAUGACAGAUGAAGCGUAG